ACAUAAAUGAACUUUUUUCAUAAAUACAAAUCCAAAUUUUUUACUAAUCAGCUGUUGAGACCGUAAACACUUGCAACACAAUGUCAGCUUAUUGUUGCUUGGGCCAACUACAUCUAUCGAUAUAUCGCCAGCUCCAGUGCGACCAAAUAAAAUACCAAAGUGUAACAUGUAAGCGCUUUCCUGUGAAUGCCCGUCAGUUGUAUUUAUUCUAGAAAAGACCAUAACAACCUCAGAGAUGUUUGGAUUAAUCUGCUCAGGAAGAUUGCCACAAACGGACUUUGUUGCAGUCGAUGAGAAUAAACUACUGGUGAAUGUGCCCGACAUAGAAGCAGUAAAUUAUGUUGUAGUUUUCCUAACUGGCAUCUCGCCACUGCCGCUGGGCACCGCAGCAGCCAUCUACUUCAGUUGGCCCGAUGCAAAUGCAGCACCAACCUGGCAAUACCUCGGACACAUCAACAACAACAAGCCAUCGGCGAUAUUUAAAAUAGCGCAGCUAAAGAAAAGCCAUGAGCUUGAAGCACAUGCGAAUGGAAUGGUUUUUGGCGCGCAGGAGAUUUCUCACAUAGCACAAAUCGGCGUAUCUAUUGAACCCGAGCUGACGGUGGCCCAACAAACGCCAGCUGUGUCCACUGCCAACGACAACAAACAAUUUGGUCAGCGCAUGCUGGAGAACUUUUUCAACUAUGCGUCCAGUUUUUGUGUCAAUGUGCCUGAAAUUCCGCCUGCCUCCACUGAGGCAUUUGUGCCUUUCUCAGUUGUACAGAAUUGGUAUACAAACUUUCAGCGGCGAAUGGAACAGAAUCCCAAUUAUUGGAAGCAAUGUUGAAGCAGGCGGCAACUCAUAUGAUAGUACUAAUUUGCUUAAGUACACACAAAUAUAUGUUAUUAGCAUUUAUUUUUUAAA